GUAUCAGGAUCGUUCAUAGCUCACCAUUCGGCAGGCUGCAGACAAGCAAAAUCAGCUCCAGCAUGUUCAAUAACAGCUCCAACCCAGGGUUACCUACUGAGGAGACAUUUGCUGCAGAGUUCCACAGCAUACUGUCCUGCUACAAGUGGCACUUAACAAACAAUUUCUCCGUCCUGCAAGCCAACGAAGCCUGCUCUGCAUACGAGGACCUUGUCAGACUGAGGACUGAGACUGAAGUCAUCUUCCUGCUGAUGGGACUUCUCAUAAUCGUCACCAAUCCUGUUUUGUUGUUGGGAAUCAUUGGAGCAAGAGAACUGCACAAACCCGUCUACUUCUUCCUAGCAAAUCUGGCCGUGUCGGACUUUUGUGCCGGUGCUGGACUCCUGUAUCGGGCUGUAGGGUACGUGGGAUACAGCGCCAUGUACAAGACGUACGGCUUCCUGUUGGGUUAUGUGCCUCUUUUGAUUUUUACUCAGAUGAUGUCUUCAUCUGCUUUAACAUUUCUGUCAGUCAAUAACUAUGUUGCUAUAAGAUAUCCUGUGUAUUUCCACAACAAUGCUGAUGAACUGAGUACCAAGUUGUGCGUCGGUGUUGCUCUGAUUGUCUCGUGGAUUAGCAUUGCCUUGGUUUCCUUCUCACCCAUUAUGGGAUGGAAUUGUUUAGACAUGGGCACUUUGACAACAAGAACCUGCAUUAAAUAUUACCCCUUGGCCUUUGUGGUUGUUUGUGCAGCCAUAGGUUUGCUUCUGUGCAGUAUCAUAUUGUUCACAAAUGUAAGUGUGUAUGUAAGAAUCAGAGAGCGAGAAAAGAAAAGGCUAGAACAGGCAGGGUCUACCAAUGCUGCACAACAGGAGGCACUGAGGAGAUAUGAAGAAAGAGUGUACAAGGCCAGGACUGUUAUGAUCCAUGUAAUACUGGCUUUUACCUUCUGGCUGUUACCCCUCCUGAUCUACGUAUACUAUGCUGUAUGUAGAAGUGCCCCGGGCCGGUGCCCCACUAGAACUGGUAUAUUUGCAGGUAUCUGUCUGAACUCACUGAUCAACCCAAUAGCAACACUCCUCCGCACUUCAGAUUUAAGGAAGGCAAUCUGGGACAAAGUGACAGGCGUUCAUCAGACAAUUGUCAGGGUGAUACGGGGAAACCGUGCCCAUCCACAGGACGACCAAGCUGGAAUAGGAGAUGCCCCAAAUUUUCAGCUAGAAAGGCAAAACACACAGAGUCAGCCCGCUCCAAAAGAACUGCCUCUGGUGGAAAACUAUGACAUCCAUAAUGCCCACAGAAUGGCAGAGCCAGAAAGAUGGCCUAGAGGGAGACAAGCCGAAACUCUUGCUAUGGUGCAAGUAGACUGAAAUGAACUGAGAACUGAUUCAGAGCUGCCAACACUGA